AUGUCAAUGCAUGCCAAGACAGACUCAGAGGUGACAAGCCUAGCACCAUCGUCACCGAACCGGCCGGUCUAUUAUGUGCAGAGCCCAUCACGAGACUCUCACGAUGGAGAGAAGACCACCAACUCCUUCCACUCAACGCCGGUCCUCAGCCCCAUGGGGUCACCGGGUCGCCAUUCCCGCGAGUCAUCCUCCACCAGGUUCUCCGGUUCGCUCAAACCCGGUUCUGGCAAGGGCGGCGACGGAUCAAGAGGCAGACACAACCAUCGCAAGAGUGAGAAGCAAUGGAAAGAGUUUGACGCCAUUGAAGAAGAAGGUCUUCUUGAUGACGAUGGGACCUACAAUGGCAUACCUCGACGGUGCUAUUUUGUGGCUUUUGUUGUGGGUUUCUUUGUUCUGUUCAGUUUCUUUGCUUUGAUCUUAUGGGGGGCUAGUCGAAAUCAGAAACCUAUCAUCAUCAUGAAGAGUAUAUCAUAUGAUCAAUUCAUAAUUCAAUCUGGUUCAGAUAGCACAGGGGUAGCCACAGAUAUGGCGUCCAUGAACUCCACUGUCAAGCUCAUUUUUCAUAAUAAGGGGACAUUCUUCGGGGUCCACGUUACUUUUUUACCUCUUGAUAUCUUCUAUUCUCAACUCACUGUAGCCACCGGAACUAGUAUAUCAUAUGAUCAAUUCAUAAUUCAAUCUGGUUCAGAUAGCACAGGGGUAGCCACAGAUAUGGCGUCCAUGAACUCCACUGUCAAGCUCAUUUUUCAUAAUAAGGGGACAUUCUUCGGGGUCCACGUUACUUUUUUACCUCUUGAUAUCUUCUAUUCUCAACUCACUGUAGCCACCGGAACUAAUCAUCUUUAA